AUGGAGAGCGACAAGAGAAGAACUAAAGAAGACACUUGGAAAUCAGAAGAACUUAAGAAGCAUCUUAAGACAUCACAGUCAGAUAGUCCAAAUGAAGACAAAAAGCACCAUGAAAAGAAACUGCAAAGGGAGAAGGAUAUUUAUGACACAGAUAUUCGUAAAUAUGAUCACAAAGACAGAGGGAAGAGCAAAGAAAGAACAAGAGAAAGAGAGAGAUUUAAAUCUAGUGAAAGAGAGAGGGAAAAGAUGAGAGAGAGGGGAAAAGAACACCACAGAGAACGGGACAGAGAGAGCUACAAGGAUAAAGUUCGAGCAUCAAGUCUAGAGAAGGAAAGGUACAGUGUAAGAAAAGAUAAAGACCAGAAAAAUGAGAGCGAAGUAGAUAAAAAACAUAGGAGUCAUGGGCUAAAACAAAUACAUGUGCAAAAUAAGCUGAAAUCAUCUGAGGGAAGAGAGAAGGAACAUCACAGAAGAAGAGAAAGCAGGCAUCAUUUUGAAGAAGAGAGAACAAGAGGUGACGGUCAAGAAAGAAGACAUAUAGGAAGGAAGGGUGAUGAUAGCGAAAUUAGGACUGACAAAUAUUUAGUAUACAAAGUUGAAGGGAGUGGACAUGGUCACAAGUUACAGAAAGACGAAGAGACAGAUAAAGAGACAGGAAAGAGACACAGAGGAAAAAAAGAACAUUCUCUUAGGCGAGAAAAAGAGAGUCUCUUAAAAGAGAGAAGUCAUAAACUGUUUGAAAAUGAAGAUGAAAAACGUAAAUCGAAGAGAUCUAAAGAGGGAUCUUCUCGUGGAGACAGGGAAAGGCGACCCCCAGAAACGAAUGAAAAAGUAAGAAGUGAAGAAAGUGAAAGAAAGAAGUAUGAUCUUGGGAGUAGGGAAUACAAAAAACAGGAGAGGAGUCAACAGGAAGAAAGGGAAACAAGCCAUCAGCACAUAAGGAAUGUAAAAGAUAAAGGAAAAAACAUUGGAAAGGAAAAAGAGGACAGAAGACAAGCGGAAAUAAAAGAUCCCCCCAGCUAUAGUUCAGAUACAGGGUUUGAUAACUUUUCAACAAAUUAUGAAGAUGAUUUUGAAGAUUAUGAGGAUGAUUUUGAUGAUAAUGAUGAAGAUGACAAUAGUAGUGAAGAAAUAGUUGAAAAAGAAAAAGUAAGAGAGAUUUUUGAUUCCAAAACAUCAGAAAUUGCAGAAAUUCAAAAAGCAAUUAAUGCAGAAAAUGAUAAAAUUUUUACUUCACCACCAAAGGAAAUGAAAAAUGAAGACAAACAACCAAUCAUGGAAACACAAUAUUCUUCUGCCAGAAGCUUUUUUUGUGGAAUAUUCAUGGAUUUUGGAAUGGCAAAUCAACGACAAAUUAGCCAAAGCAUGGCUAGUAAGCAAAAAAAACGGAGUUCGGAACUACUGCAACUGAUUGAUCUGGACUUUUCAGUUAGUUUUACAUUACUGGACUUGCCUCCUGUAAAUGAAUAUGACAUGUAUAUAAGGAAUUUUGGUAGAAUGAACACAAAACAGGCUUAUGUUCAGUAUAAUGAGGAUAAUAUUGAGAGAGACAUUCAGACUGAGGAAGUUGAGACACUAGAGAAAUGGACACAGCAUCCAGGAGAAAGUGCCAUUGUGUCUGGAGGUCCUAUAAAGAGCCAGGAGAUGCCAGUGAAUAGUAUUCAAACACCUAAAAUUGAUUCACAAAGACUAGCAAAUUUUCUCCGGUCUGCCUGCCAGGUGAUUGCUGUUUUGCUAGAGGAGGAUCGAGUUGCAACACAACCCAGGUGGAAACUAAGAUCUCGACAAACCAGUCUGUCUAUUAGUGACAGCUGUUUCCAGUUAAAUACUAACCAGCCAUUCCUUCAUGACCGCAAAAUAUCCUGUCUGUAUGUGUCUCAAGUUCAGAGGCAGAUGCUACUUUCUGCUCAUGGAUUACCUGAGAAGGCAGGUGCUACCCUGCUGGACAGAAAGAGCAUCAUUUGUGUCUGGAAUGUCUGGCAGCCGUCCAGUCCUCAGAAAGUUUUAAUAUGUGACUCGGAGGUACUAAGUUGUUGCAUUAGUCCCAGUAAAACAACCUUAGUGUUUGCUGGAACAACAGAUGGUUCGUUGCUGGUGUGGGAUCUUCGGGAAGACUCACGAAUGCACCUUCGUGUGACCUUCGGUGGAACUGAGUGGGCAUUUAGAGUUCCAACAUUUUCCACUGAUGGUGUUCUAAACUCGAUAAAUCACACCUCUCCUAUACUGGCCGUGGAACCUGUCUUAACCUCUCUCUACGCUGAGCAGAAUUACAGGCUCGCAAGCCUUUCUCAUCAGGAGGAAAUGUCAGACUGUCCAUGCCAGAUAGCUUCAAUGGAUGAAAAUGGAAUCCUCAAUAUGUGGGUAGUUGUUGAAUUACAAAAAGUUGAUUUAGCUGGUUCACAGACCGAUUUAGGUUUAAUUCCUGGAGGUAAAGUGAAGUUAGUACAUAGUUCUACUACAGAAUUGAGUAAGAGCCUUUUCCCAAAGGAUAUGUGCCAGAGAAUGCCACAAACACUGUCAAUUAAGUUUCUUUCUUCUAAUCCUAAUCAUUUCAUUGUUGGAACAAACAUUGGCCUGGUAGGCCAUGGUACAAGACACAAUUUAAAAGUUCCUCCAAAGCUCUUCAGACCCCAGCAGAGUGGACUAAGAUCAGUAAGCGUCAGCGCAAUGGAUUUCUCCCCGUUUGGACAGCCACUCUUUCUGGUUGGCUGUUCUGAUGGAAGUAUCAGAUUGCACCAAAUGACAUCAGAGUAUCCCCUCCUGCAGUGGAAUGACAGCACAAAUGGGCAGCCAGUUAUUGCUCUUCAAUGGGCUUUAACAAGACCUGCUGUGUUCUUUGUUCUGGAUGCAUCAUCUAAUAUUUAUAUUUGGGACCUUCUGGAAAACGAUUUGUUGCCUGUGGCGAAGCAGGCUAUUCCAUCAGAUAAUGUUGUGACUAUGGCUAUACUGGGAGAACCAGAAAAAACAACCGGUCUGCUGGGAAUUGCACUGGCCAAAGAGUCUGGACUGAUAGACAUUCAAUAUGUAAAGAAGAAGUGGGCAUUACCUCAGCCUGGGGAAUCUGAAAAGCUACAUCUGCUGCUCUUACAGUCCUUUUAGAAACAAAGCACUUGUCUGAGUGUACAGAUUAUUGCAAAAUAUUUAGAUGAUUCUGACUGUAAUUAAAAGUUUUGUAGUGUAAUUUUGUAUUUGUAUAUAACUUGCAUAUAUUUGAAAGACUAUUGGUACAGUAUUUCAGCUGAGAUUUAUUUUUGAUGAUUAAAAUGGCAGAACCUUAUUUAGCAAUACUGUGCUGAACUACAAUGAGCCGUACUUCAAUAUUGAAAGGAUUU